CGGCCUCUCUGGGUGUGGACAACUGCUUGUAGUUUUACUUCACGUGUGAUCAUGCAGAGAGCUUCGCGUCUGAAGAGAGAGCUGCACAUGUUAGCCACGGAGCCACCCCCGGGCAUCACGUGCUGGCAGGAAAAGGACCAAAUGGAUGACCUGCGAGCUCAAAUAUUAGGUGGAUCUAACACACCUUAUGAGAAAGGUGUCUUCAAGCUGGAGGUCAUGGUCCCUGAAAGGUACCCGUUUGAACCUCCUCAGAUCCGAUUUCUGACUCCAAUCUAUCAUCCAAACAUCGAUUCUGCUGGAAGGAUUUGUCUAGAUGUUCUUAAAUUGCCGCCAAAAGGUGCCUGGAGGCCGUCCCUCAACAUCGCCACCGCGCUGACCUCCAUCCAGCUACUCAUGGCGGAGCCCAACCCUGACGACCCGCUGAUGGCCGACAUCUCCUCAGAAUUUAAAUACAACAGACCAGCCUUCCUCAGGAAUGCCAGGCUGUGGACAGAGAAGCACGCACGACAGAAACAGAUGGUGGAAGCAGAAGAGGUGCCCGAUGCGCUAGCAGAGGCUGCUGACUCUGAAGCACACAGCUCAACGCAGAAAAGGAAAGCCACGCAGCUCGGAGGCACAGAAAAGAAAUUUCACUUUGAUGUUUAGGGGUUUGUCCUGGUCCAGUUUAUGCUUUGUUGAUGUUUUCUAAUUUGCCUUCAUCUUUUGAAAUUUUUUUUUAAAUUCAGUGACAUAGUUUUUGUAUGCUAAAAAAGACCUUGUGUUUAUGUACCUUGCUCUACAGUAAUUCUCUGUAGUUUAUUUAUCUUGUACAUAUAUAUUAUGAAGCCUUUUAAACCUGAAAAAUAAAUUAUCACUUAAUGCUGUGA